AUGACCAAAAUAACACCAACCAAGGGCAAGAUCCGCCCCAUCGUUCGCUGGGGCACUCCGAUCCUCCAUCGUGUAGUGAGGGAGGUCGCUUUUGCUGAGCUUGACACUCCAGACCUGGAUGCCCUGAUCGCGGACAUGUUCGCUACGAUGUACGCGGCCGAUGGCGUCGGCCUGGCCGCCAACCAAGUCGGUGUCGAUUUGAAGGUGUUUGUGUACGACCUUAUGGAUCUGAAAGGCCAGAGGAGCCGGGGCGUGGUUUGCAAUCCCGUGGUGCAGACGCGCAACAGCCCGCAGGAGGGCGGCGGCCAUCAUCAUGCGAAGCGUGAACAGCAGCAGCAGCAGCAGCAGCAGCAGCAGCAGCAGAGCAUGACGGAGGGGUGCCUCUCGUAUCCGGGCGUCUCCGCCUCGGUGGCACGCCCUCGCUCAAUCACGGUCCGUGGAAUCGAUCAACGCGGCAGGGCUGUUGAAAUCGACGCCGACGGGUUGUUGGCGCACAUCUUGCAGCACGAGGCCGACCACCUCAACGGCAUCGUCUAUGGCGAUCGUGUCUCAUCGCCGGAAGUGAGACAGAGGAUGGACAUCGACUACCAGGAGCUAGAGAGGAAGAUGGCCUAUCCCGAGAAUUGGCCCGAGACCGGGACGAAGCAGAGGUGGAUAAUCUAG